CGGCCGGCGGGAGCGAGGAAAUGAUAACCGCGGGAUAUCGUCUCAGGCAGGCCAUGGUCGUCCACGUUAGUUCCAGAUCGCCUGUACAGCCAUACAAGAGGUGCGAUCACCUCAUAAUGGGAGGAGGUGAUGCUGCGGGGAUGAGAAGUGAUGAGUUUUCUAGCAAAAACAGCACAGAGAUGAGCUUCAACAGUGAUGAUGAUGAGCACCACCACCACCACCAGUUCAUUCCGCCUGCCGCGCCACGAGACGAUGAUGAGUCAGAAUCCACCAUCAGCUGCAGCAGCCGCGGCAUUGCCGAGACAAGAGUGCUGGUGGUGGUCGAUGGGAGUAAUGAGGCCAAAGCUGCUCUGCAAUGGGCACUUUCUCAUUCUGUUCAUACCAAGAACGACACCCUUAUCCUUUUGCUCGUAACCAAGCCCUUCAAACAAGGUGGAUCGGGAAGUUCCUGCAACUGUGAGCUGGACCAAACGGCAUAUGAUCUUCUUUGCUCCUUGAAACAUACUUGUCAAACAAGGAGACCCGGGGUUAGUAAUUACAUGUGGUGCAAGUGGAGAUGGUAGUAGAAGAAGGAAAGGAGAAAGGCGCGAUAAUCGUUGAAGCAGCUAAGCAGCAGAGGGCUUCUCUGCUGGUUUUGGGGCAGAGAAAAAGAUAGGUGAUGUGGCACAUGCGGUCCAUGCUGUCCGGGAAACAGUCAAAUGUGGUCAACUACUGCAUCCACAACGCCCACUGUAUGACCAUCGCUGUGAGGAGGAAAUGCAAGAAACACGGCGGCUACCUCAUCACCACCAAGACCCAUAACAAUUUUUGGCUUUUGGCUUAAUAUAUUCCAUCAAUC